CUUCAAUCCAUUCGGUGACAACGAGCCCCCAAAUAUUUUCCCAAUCUUUCUAAAUAUGAUCUCUCAUUUUUCUCGACCUUCAGGAAUGCGGAUAAAAAUACAUCGUUACGUAAUACGCUUAUUCAACGACGAGACAGGAUGGCCUGUCUCCUGAUCUGAUCGAAUGAGACUGAGGAGAAUGAGACUGUGCCACGAGCUGCAAAGCCCCCAAACAUCCCACAGAUUCGGAAAGAACAAUGGAAGAGUUUCUUCCCUAUCGAAUGACAGCUAAUGGCUUCAUUGUUUGAAAACUGAUGGAAUAUUCUUGCCAGUGGUACCCAAAGUGUGAACGGUGACGAUGGCGUUUUCAACAGUUACUAUCGUGAUAUUUUUUGCGAUCACACAAGUCACAAGAGUAAAUGCUUUUCGUCGUUGGAGCGAUGAUCCCUUGGAGCCCGAUUUCAUCGACAUUCGCAACGACUGCUCGAGCGAAGCUUGCCUUGCAUUAUUUCCAAAAAAACGUAAUGGAGAAAUCGAACAAGUGGAUGAAAAACCAAGACAGGUUCUAACACCUUAUCACAUAAUGGGAAGACCCUGGCAAGUGUCUUGUCCCUGUGAAACUCAAUACGAUAUACUAGAUUUGGGAUUGGACAGUUAUCCAAGAUAUUUGGCAACCGCCCGAUGCACACCGAAGACCUGUUACAACAAAUUCACUCCGUGCAGACUCAUACACUACAAGGUGCACAUUUUACGUCAACGUGACACGGGCGUUGAAAGCGAUAGAUCAGAAGAACAGCAGCAGUACGUCGAGCAGAUUGCGCUUCCCGAAUCCCUUCGUUUGAAAUGGGAAAUGAAGCCGAUAAAGAUAGCCGUAGCUUGCAUUGCAGCCGAUGGGAAGAAAAAUUGAGCAUCCUCAGUGUCAUGUAUCAUCGCGAAUAUUAAAGUGAUUGAGUAAGAAGGAAGAAGAAAAAAAUUCGGAUUGUAGAUCUCGCAAUUGUACAAGUGGAAGAAUUUAGUGGCUUCCAAUAAGUAAUCAAUGUAUACGCCCUUGGAGGUUUAAACGGAAAAUAAUUUUUCAUUUUUCGAGGUCAAUACUGUGAGAAAUUUCGUAAAAGAAAACAAACCAGUCUUGUAUCGCUUUGUAGAAUCUGACAUUGUUUUAGAAAAUUGUACUCUGCGAUAGCCCACAGUUCGUAACUCCUCGAAACUUUCACUUCACAUUCAAAGAUGUUGAGAAAAAUCUUGAAAAUAUGAUGA